AUGGACUCUCACGCCACCAAAACAUCAGACCCUCUCCCCCUCGAACUCGUCCAAAACCCAGCAGCAAAGAACGCACCCUACUACACCCCAUCCCAAUCUCCCCCCUCGGGAACAGCCCUCCAGUCCCCAACUUCCUCCUCUCCCCUCCCAAAACUCUUCACCCCGCUCAAAAUCCGCUCCCUCACCCUCCAAAACCGCCUCUUCCUCGCCCCCCUAUGCCAAUAUUCCGCCGAUCCCACCGCAGGAAACCUAGCAACAGACUGGCACCUAACCCACCUAGGCGGCAUCCUCCAACGCGGCCCCGGCCUCUGCCUCAUGGAAUCCACCGCCGUCCUCCCGGAAGGCCGCAUCACCCCGCAAGACCUAGGCCUCUGGUCCGACGCCCAGAUCCCUCCCCUCCGACGCAUCACCGACUUCGCCCACGCCCAGGGACAAAAAAUCGGUAUCCAACUAAGCCACGCCGGCCGCAAAGCCAGCACCGUCGCCCCCUUCAUCCACGCCAACGCGACCUCCCCCCGCGAAGCACACGGGUGGCCGGACGAAGUCUACGCCCCCUCCGCACUCCGCUUCAACGAGGCAUACCCACUUCCCAAGGAAAUGACUCUGUCCCAAAUCAAAACAAUCAAAGAAGCCUUCGUCGCCGCCGCCCUCCGCGCAGUCCACGCCGGCUUCGACGUCGUCGAAAUCCACGCCGCGCAUGGCUACCUCCUCCACCAAUUCCUCAGCCCAAUCUCCAACGCCCGCACCGACAUCUACGGCAGCGGCUCUUUCGAAAACCGCACCCGUCUAGUCCUCGAGAUCGUCGACCUCGUCCGCGCCGCGAUCCCAGACUCCAUGCCGCUCUUCGUCCGCAUCAGCGCGACGGAUUGGUUCGACGAUAGAACAGACCUCGUCCCUCACAGCUGGACGCUCGCCGACUCGUGUCGAUUGGCACCUUUACUCGCGGAGCGGGGCGUCGAUUUGCUGGACGUGAGUUCCGGCGGGAUUCAUUCGCUGCAGGCGACGAGUAUCAAGGGAGGGCCGGGGUACCAGGCCGGUUUCGCAAAGGAGAUCAAAAAGGUUGUCGGGGAGAGGAUGCUUGUGUCGGCGGUGGGUGGGAUUAGUACGGGUAUCAUGGCGGAGGGGUUCCUUCAGGAGGGGUUGGAUGUGAUCAUGUGUGGCCGUUGGUUCCAGAAGAAUCCUGGUCUGGUGUAUGCGUAUGCUGAUGAGCUUGGGGUCAAUGUCAAGAUGGCGAACCAGAUUGGAUGGGGGUUCAGUGGACGUGGAAAGGGGAAGACAGAUAUGAGUGACAAAGAAGAAAACCUAUAG